AUGUUGAUUACCCAUCCAUGCGGCAUGGUCCUGGUGUGCAGUUUUCUCAAUAACAAUCGGCUCUCGGGCAGCAUCCCCAGCUCAGUACAAGCUGCCACACGCCUCCAGUUUCUGAAUCUUAACUCUAACAGGCUCACCGGCACGCUUCCAAACGUGGGCAAGAAUGGUAUAUCGGGCUCCAUUCCAGAGUCACUCACCAAUCUGCAGAAGCUCAAGAUUUUGUACUUGGAUUACAACACCUUCACUGGUGCCAUCCCUGCAAGUUUUGGAAACCUCCGUGAAAUUUCAGAUCUUGCUCUUUCUGGCAAUCUCUUGAUAGGGACGAUUCCAAGCUCCCUUGGAUUGCUGACCAUCCUUCAGUUUCUAUUUGGGUACAAACAACCUCUCGGGCACCAUCCCCUCCUCCCUUGGCAAUCUGCGUUACUUGAUGAACCUCAACCUCCGAGCCUUGAAAUACCUAUAUUUGAGCCCAACCAGCUGAGCGGCACCCUUCCGUCCUCUUUGGGCGCCCUCUCUGGGCUCGUGCACCUGCUCUUGAACAGCAACCAGUUCACAGGACAGAUUCCAGGGUCGUUCAGCAAUUUGUCCAAUGUGAUAUCACUAUUUCUCUACUCCAACCAGCUGAGCGGCCCCCUCCCUUCCUUCUUGGGCAACCUAACAUCACUCUAUCAGCUCUACAUAGGGCACAAUCAAUUCGUAGGGCAGAUACCCAUUUCUCUAGGCAAUCUGACCAAUCUACAGGCACUGGCCCUGGAGGAUAACUACUUGACCGGAUCUAUACCAUCUACACUGGGGAAGCUGUCGUCCAUGGUUCUCUUGGAUCUGAGUCAGAACUACUUAUUAGGGACUAUCCCGGCCAUCUUUAGCAACCUCCGGGCCUUGAGUUACUUAGCCUUGAAAUCCAACCAGUUGAGCGGCACCCUCCCUUCCUCCUUGGGCAACUGCUCUUCCCUUGCUUUUCUCUACGUUUACACCAACCAGCUGGGCGGCUCCAUUUCUUCCUCCUUGGGCAACCUCACUGCACUCACGCACCUCCUCCUGCACUACAACCAGUUUACAGGACAGAUACCCGAGUCACUGGGAAGAUUGACCAACCUUCAAGCGCUGACACUAAAAAGCAAUUACUUCACGGGACCCAUGCCAUCUACAUUGGGCAGAUGGACAUCUAUGACUUACAU